AUGAAAAACAAUUAUUAGACAUAAACUAUAAGUAAUUUAAAUAAAUCAAAUAAUUUUGGGAAUCAAGUAACAUUUUAGUAAAGUGCUCUAGGAAACACUUCAAUUAGUGGUGGUCCAGCUAAACUCUAAGAAAAAGGGAUGAAGAGUAAAAUUGAAAAGCUAUCAGAUCAAAUUUAAGAAUUAAGAAAGAAUUUAAAUAGCGAGGAUUAACUUUUAGAAAAUAUGGACAAAUUAAAUUAAAAAAAUCAUACUGUUCUCUCUUCUUAGAUAAAUGCUUUGAGGAAGGCUUUUAAUAUGCUAGCUGAUGUGGUCAUGGAAGAAAUAGAAACUGUAAAAGUCGAUAUGUUUUAGGAACUGCAAGAUCAAAAUAUGGUUUUGGAAGAUAGAGUUAAACAGCUAGAAAAUAGAAUUGUUCAGACUGAGUAAGAAUAAAAUGAUAAAUUGAAUUACUAGCAAGUAGAACAAAUUGUCGAAAUGAAAUUCAGGAGUUACGAAAAAGAGUAACAAUAAUAAACACAAUAUUUUGAAUAGCUUGCUGUGCAGCUGAAAGAUGAAAAUAAUCUUUUUUUAGAAAAGCUUAAAGUAAUCAUUAGUAAUAAUUCAAAUAGGAUUGAUAUAUUAGCAAAAGAAAGACAAAAUAUGCAAUAACAAAUAAACGAAUUAAAGGUUAACACAGUAGAUUUUUAAGAAAAAGUAGCCUUGUAAGAAGAUGUUAAAUUUUAGUUGACAGAAAAUAAUAAAAAAUUUAUUGACUUUUAAAAGGAAUUUGUUGCCUUUAAGAAUGAUUUGUAAAACGAAUUACAAAGUAUUGUGUCAAAGCAAAGCGAGAUAUUUAGUCAAAAGUAAAUGCAAAACCACCUUGAAAAUGAUAGAAUAUUUUAAUAGUUAAUAGAAAGAAAUAAAGAUAUCGAAAUACAAAUAGAAAAAAAUGCCUUUGAGAAUGAAAAAUUGCAAUCAGAAAUGUAAGAUGGGUUCAAAGAAUUAGCUAUGAUAUAUAAAGAUUCUGCUAAAUAAAUCAUUAACGAUUUUGAAAGAUCAAUUAAAGAAAUUCAUACUGACAAUAAGUUUUGUUUGAAAAAGCUUAACCAGGUUGAGGAUUUCUUAAACUAAACAAGAGAUGAAGUAUUUUAAAUUAUUAAUUAGCAAGAAGUAUCAGUUACCAAAAAAUUUGAUAUCUUAACAAGAUCUUUUAUGAAAAUAAAAUGA